AUGGGUUUUGUGUUUACUGUUAGCUAGUUAGAGCGUUAUGUUUUGAUCGUCCCCUUAAAAUCAAAAUGUCCCGGCUAAAUAACAGCCUGCUUUCUUUACCAUAACUAUACGAGGGUAGAUUUGUUAAAAUUGUUGUAAAGACUUGUUCAGGAUACAGAUUUAUUUUUCUCCAUACGUUUUUUUUUUUUUGUUUAUCUACUUUGGAGUGAAGAGGAAGCUUCAUCUGGAAACUUCUGCAUAAGGUCAUCUUAAAGUUUAGAGAAGGUCUUCAUUGAAGGUGGCAGCCAUGGUUUUGAUUCUGGGCAGAAGGAUGAACAGGGAGGACUCUGGGAUCAGAGACUCACCAGCUGUCAAACGCAAGGUGUUUGAGGUUGACUCCAAAACUUUAGCCAGCCAGGAGGUCUUGGACUUCUCUUCUGGCUCGUCCCACUCAGAGGGCAUCCUGCAGGUAUUCAAUGAGUUUCGCGACUGCCGCCUGUUCACUGAUGUUGUCAUCAGCGUGCAGGGCCGUGAGUUUCCCUGCCAUCGCGCUGUGCUCUCUGCCUGCUCCUCUUACUUCAGAGCCAUGUUCUGCAACGAUCACCGUGAGAGCCGCGAGAUGCUGGUCGAGAUCAAUGGCAUCCUGGCUGAGGCAAUGGAUUCCUUCCUCACCUAUGUGUACACCGGCCGCGCCAAGAUCACCACCGAGAACGUCCAGUUCCUCUUUGAGACUUCUAGCCUCUUCCAGAUCGCCACACUGCGGGACGCCUGUGCCAAGUUCCUGGAGGACCAGCUGGACCCCUGCAACUGUCUGGGCAUCCAGCGCUUCGCAGAAGCCCAUGCCCUAAAGCAGCUAGCCAGCCGCUGCCGCAGUUACGCCCUGGCCAACUUCUCUGAGGUGGCUCAGCACGAGGAGUUCCUCGACCUACGCAAGGAAGAGCUGGAAGAGUACACUGGCAGCGAUGAGCUGUGCAUCGGUAAGGAGGAGGUGGUAUUUGAGGCGGUGAUGCGAUGGGUGUACAGCAAUGUGGAGCACAGAAAGCCCAUGCUGAAGGCUCUGCUGCACCAUGUGCGCCUGCCCCUUCUGCACCCCAACUACUUUGUCCAGACAGUGGAGGGAGACCAGCUCAUCCAGAAUGCUCCCGAGUGCUACCAGCUUCUCCACGAGGCCAGACGCUACCACGUGCUUGGAAAUGAAAUGAUGUCACCCAGAACUCGUCCUCGCAGGUCCACCGGCUUCUCUGAGGUGAUUGUGGUGGUGGGAGGUUGUGAGAGAGUUGGGGGCUUCAACCUGCCCUACACUGAAUGCUAUGAUCCAGUCACAGGAGAGUGGAAAUCACUGGCCAAACUACCUGAAUUCACAAAGUCAGAGUAUGCUGUCUGCGCCCUCCGCAAUGACAUUCUGGUGUCAGGUGGUCGUAUCAACAGCAGGGAUGUGUGGAUGUAUAACUCCCAGCUCAACCUGUGGAUUAGAGUGGCUUCUCUUAACAAAGGCCGCUGGAGACACAAGAUGGGCGUCCUACUGGGCAAGGUCUAUGCCGUAGGUGGUUAUGAUGGGCAGAGCCGCCUGAGCAGUGUGGAGUGUUACGACUCCUUCUCUAACCGCUGGACAGAGGUGGCUCCCAUGAAAGAGGCUGUCAGCUCUCCGGCCGUUGCCAGCUGUGCUGGCAAGCUCUUUGUCAUAGGAGGAGGGCCUGACGAUGAAACAUGUUCAGACAAGGUUCAGUGCUAUGAUCCAGAGACAGACUCUUGGUUACUACGAGCCAACAUCCCCAUCGCCAAGCGUUGUAUCACAGCAGUGUCCCUCAACAAUCUGAUCUAUGUGUGUGGUGGUCUCACCAAGUCCAUAUUCUGCUACGACCCUGCAGAGGACUACUGGAUACAUGUGGUUCAUACCUUUAACAAACAGGAGAGCUGCGGCAUGUCGGUGUGCAAUGGCAAGAUUUUCAUCCUUGGUGGCAGAGGGGAAAAUGGCGAAGCAUCAGACACCAUCCUGUGUUACGACCCGUCAACGGGCAUCAUCACAGGAGUGGCGGCCAUGCCGCGGCCAAUCUCCUACCACGGCUGCGUAACCAUCCACCGCUACAAUGACAAGUACCACAGGCCCUGACCAUAAACAAACGCACGCACUCUCACACUCUAAAGAACUUAAACUCUUUGAAACUUAAGCUCUUCAAGUUCACCCCAUGUACAGAACACAAACGCACACUUCUCUGGAACAGGCACAUUAAGUAGUUUAGUCCACAGUACCGUUGAGCUAAUUUAUUUACUUACAGCAUCAUGUAGCACUGCUCAAUGUUGUGCUCUGAAUCUUUUGCUACUCUGUACCAUAGUUACACCCCCCCCCCCCCCCCCCCCCCCCCCCCCCCCAAAGAAAUGCUCAGUGGUUGAAAAUGCUGAGCUUCGGUGGAGUCAGAUCAUCAUGGCAGAUGUGCCUUGCAUUAGUAGUAACUGCACAAGGUUGGGAAGUACUGGCUCAUAGAUGACAAAAUCAUAGAAAACUGACAAUGAUGGUCAUCAAUCAGACUGCCGAUAUUUGGGGAAAGUGGUUAAUUGCUUGUUGAAUUACCAAUACUUAAAUACAUUAAAAUGAAAGUAAAAAAAUGUAAUUGGAAAUUCAUCAUUCAUUCAUUCAUAACAUAUUAAACUCAAAGUUUACUUUCUUAGCUUUUCACUGAGCUUUCAACCAUAUCCCAUCACGUACUUAAGUAGAGAGCGUGUGUCUUGUGCCAUUUGCUGAAGGAGGCCAUGGUAUACGGCUGAAAACUCAAUGAAAAGCCAAGUAAGUGUUAGUUCAGAAUAUUUUAGCACACAAACUGUACUAAUUGUGCACAUUUUCAAGGAAAGUUAAACUCUGACGUUUCUGAAUGACGUUCAUACUAAUUAGAUACUAAAAAGGGAAAUCAUUAUUGAGUUUUCAUAAUUUUAUAAUGAUACUGAUAACAAGCAGGUAAUCACUUUGAUGAUUUGUGUGAACUUACCAACACUGUGUUUUGUGACUAUGCCAGGAAUGAUCUGCUAGCAGAAGAAAAAUAAUAUGAAUUUAUUUUUUUCAGGCCAGAUCAGAUAUCCUACCUUGUACUCUCUGCACUCGUACUUUCCUCCACUGUUUAAACUAUUUUCCUUGAUACUACAAAUGACCUGAUAAAAAUGUGGUAAACAGUCAGCCAGCUGCUCUCCCACAGUAUCAGUGGUCAUAAAUACAAGUUACUUCACCCUUUGACCCAGAGCGGGGUUAAGGGAAGAGAUAAAGAUUGGAGGCUGUACCAAAAUAUUCACACAACAUAGCCACUAUUAACUCUGUGCUCUUUCCUUUUCCCUCACAUCCUUAUCGCCUCGUUCCACUUCUCGUGUGUGUUUUGCUUUAGCCUGCUCCACCUGUGCCAUCAAUUCACAUUUUCCGAUCUACAUUUAUAUGCCCCCUUUUUAUUUGGUCCAUUGUAAUUAUUAUCAUUACACUCAUUACUGACAUUUUAUUCAAAUUUUUUUUAAGUUAUACUUGUUUGUGUUUUUUUUAAAUAAUUGAAUGUUUAUUGUAUUAUAUGUAGCUUUAGUGUGUUUAUAUCAAUGCUAGUUCAUUGGUGUACUGGGCUCGUGGGUGGUUUUGUAGACAUGAGAAGCCUUUGUAGAUCAAACUCAAAGACUGCUCUGUGCAUGUUUGGUAUGUGUGUGACUUUUGCGACUCGGUGUGGAUGCAUUUGAGCCAAGGAGGUUUAUCAAAGAUGUCCAGUGUAAGCGUUUCACAACUGCUAACUUCUGUCAACAGAACUUUUUUACACUGAUGGUGGCACCUCUCACCUGUGCACUUACAUAUAAAGAUGUAACUCGGGGUUACCUUAGAUACCUCCAGUUGUGUAUGCGUGUAUGUGUGUUUGCUGGCCAGCUGAGGUGUAGGUGUAGAAGUGCUAUACCUCACACGGGGGGGUUAAUAGUCGUGAGUGACAAGGAUUUUGGAUGAUGUGGCUCAUGGUCAGUAAAAGUCACUUUUUACUACAAUAGGUGUUGAUAUACUAGACAUAUUGCUGUGAAUGUAACUUUAAUAUGUUUUUGUUUUCUUUUUUUUAAACUUGUAUUUAAAUGUAUCUCUUUCUAGGUUGCAUAUUGUGUUUUUCUGUAACUGAGAGCCCCAAUUGUGCACUUUGACAGAGUCCUGUUAAAUGACCGUGACUUCUUUGUUUUACUGUAUCAGUAAAUGUUCUUUGCUUUCAUGUGACGUAUAGAGAAAAGGGGUCAGCUCCUCCUGUUGGCCGCUACCUGCUAUGGCUCUGAUAUUCUAACAAAAACAACAAAAACUUGUUUUUGGGGAUCAGUGAGUUUGUAUGUUUGUUGCUGUCUAACAGUGACAUCAGAAUACAUACAGCAUAAGACCAGAGAUUGUGCUUCCGUCUGUCACUCACAAUGACAAAAACAGGUGGGGGUAUUUUGCAACAGUGUCCGGUCUUCAGCAGUUGUAUAGGCUGAAAGGAAAACAUCCUUAGGCCCAUCACACUCUUUCACAGAAUAAAAUACUUGUAACUCAGGAGGCCAACAAGAGGAGGCUGAGGGGCAAGAAAGUGGUAAAGCAAAAGAGUGAGAGUUCGAUCAACAGUGAGAGAGAGAGAGUGUGCGUGUUCAUCUGAGAUUUCACUGAUUAUUUACUCAAAACAUUGCCUUGUUAUGUUGAUUUAUUGAUUUUCAUUAUUAGUUAUGUAGAGGCUUUUAUACAUUGUUUACUUUGAUAAGAUUGUUGUUGUUUUUUUGCUUGAUUUUUGUGGUGAGUUGUGGGACUGUUUGUUGCUGAGAUAUUUUGACUCCCAAAUGCAAAUGACAUGAGCUGAGCAUUAAAAGGUGAUUAAUGGAGUUUAAUAUGACUGCACAUGUACGCCAAAAGGGGAUUUGAUGUCAUGAUAAAUGUGACUUUGUUGAAAAACAUCAAUUGGGUAAAUUGUGCUUGCAUGCAAGAAGGGGGCUCCAACCUGUUAAUUGCAGAAUGCUUCCCUAUGUGCCUUAAAUUAAAGAACAAUGAGUGGGUAAUUAAAUUGGACGAAUUUGAUAUAAACUUUUAUUAUUGUAUGUAUGAUGUGAUACUUUUAACACCGCUUUAUCCUCAGAUUUGUCUAACUGCGAGAAAGCUUUGGAUUUUUGUAAACUGCAAUAUGUUGAAAUGUAACGGUUGACUUGUGUAAGAGAAACAUCAAUAAAAUUUUUCUGUACCAACA